AUGGAGGGCAGCCCAGAGCAGCUGCAUCUGGCCAAGGCACUCGGGGAGGCUGGGGAUGGGAGGGACUUGGCUGAAAUCCAGGAGCUGGCCCUGAAGUGGUUCAUGGAGACACAGGCCCCCUCUAUCCUGCAAAAUGGAGCUCUGCCCCCCUGGUUUCAUGGAUUCAUCACUCGCAAGCAGACAGAGCAGCUGCUCAGGGACAAAGCUCUUGGUUCCUUCCUCAUCCGCCUCAGUGACCGGGCUGUCGGCUACAUCCUGUCUUAUAGGGGUAGUGAUCGCUGCCGCCAUUUUGUCAUCAACCAGCUCCGAAAUCGACGUUACCUUGUCUCAGGAGACACCCUCAGCCACAGCACCCUGGAAGAGCUCCUACGCCAUUACCAGGAAGUGCAGCUUGAGCCUUUUGGGGAGACCCUUGCUGCUGCUUGCCCACGGGUAGAGGAAAAUGACCUGUAUGACGCCGUCAACACGGGCCUCCAGCAGACUAGUCUAGGCCUGGAAAAUGCAGCUGCCACGGAAUUUCCCACCGUGGUUCCUGACAAGGCCACCAGCCCUCGCCUUCCUGCCAAGCCCCAGGUCUCCUUCCUGCACACCAAGAAAGGCCUGGAUGGGAGUCCCUGGACUGUCUCAAAAGAAGAAAGUGCAGAGGCACCCACUAGAGCGCCCCCCAUUCCCCAGAGGAGUCCCUCUCUUCUGGAUGAGCCUUCUGCAGGCCCCAGUGAUAUCAUUUACGCGGACCUGAAGAAGACGAACCGCGCACAGCAAGGCCUGGGCACAGAGGUGUCCGGCAGACACAGGCCAGCUCCAGCUGGCAGCCUGGCUUGUUCCCCAGGCAGGAAGCCCUCAAGGAAUCUCUCAGAUGAAGACCAGAACAAUCCCAAUAGCCCAGAGCCUGCCCCGUCUGGGGUGAAGACAGACCAGUGUGCUGCAAUGCCUUACAGUUCCUUAGGAUUGCCCCUGCUCCCCAAUUCUGAGGCCCUGGGACCACGGGCUACUACUUGGAAGCAGGGGUUUCGAAAGCUGAGCCACGACGAGGCUCAAUCCUCCUCUGAGGCCAGCUCUACGGAUACCUACCAGCUUGUUGGGACAGCAGGCCUACGACAGGAGAGUAGGGGUAGACCAGACCAAGGAGGCAGCCCUUAUGAGCAGAUUCCAACCUGCUGGCAAAGCACUGCUAAGUUCCCAUACCCUGGAACCAGUCCCACCUACAGCCAACUAUCAGGGCCCAUGAACUAUGGCUAUGAGAAGAUCUCAGGGACCUCUCAGCUCCCAGAGCCAGGGAACACCUAUGAGCAAAUCCCAGCCUCCAAGAACAAGGACACUGGACGGGCGCACAAGCCUGACAAGUUCCGGAGGCUCUUCUUCACAGACAAGAAGCACAAAUUCUGA